AUGACUCGACCAGACAAGAAGUCCCUCGAAGUGGCCAUCGUUGGUGGUGGCACAACCGGCCUUGCGCUUGCUGUCGGACUGCUAAAGCGUAACGUGAAUUUCACAAUCUACGAGCGCGCAGAGAAAUUCGAAGAGCUUGGGGUCGGUAUUAUUUUUACCCCAAAUGCGGAGCGCGCGAUGGAGGCACUAGACCCUCGCGUGCUCCAAAGCUUCACGAAUGUGGCGACGCACGCCUCGGGUGGCACUUUCAGCUUCGUAGACGGAUUCGGCGAGCGAGGCGAAGACCCACAGUCAUCUGUCGAGGACUUUUUGUUCGAGCUUCAUGUGGAAGAAGGCUACAAGGCCUGUCGACGAUGCGAUUUUGUGGAUCAGGUUGUUCAACAUAUUCCCGAGGAGAAUGUUCGGUUUGGGAAAUGGUUGGAAUCGGUGGAAACGGACGAUAACUCGGGGAGGGCCAUUCUGACAUUCCAAGAUGGUGAAAGAGUGGAAGCAGAUGUUGUGAUCGGUUGCGAUGGCAUCCGCUCUCGCGUACGCGGAUCCAUGUUCGGAACGGGACCAUCCAGCCCACGCGCCCAAUAUUCGCACCAGCUGGGAUUUCGAGGGAUGGUACCCCUAGAGAAAGCCAUCACUGCUCUGGGUCCAGAAAAGUCUGCCAGUGUACUCAUGCAUACCGGCCCGGGCGCAUUUGUCCUAACCGUGCCGCUUGCUGGGGUCAACGCGAUGCACAUUGAGGCAUUUGUUCUCGAUAAGAAUGAAUGGCCCGAGUUCAAAGCAGACAGUGACAGCAAGCGGUAUGUCCUUCCGGCGACUCUCGAUGAAGCAACUGACGCAUAUACGGAUUUUGGCCCCACGGUCCGCGCCCUCGUGUCUCUGCUACCGGAAAAAAUCGAUAAGUGGGCCGUGUUCGACAUGUUGGACGCACCUGUGCCAACGUACGCUCGGAGCUGUGUGUGUCUGGCUGGCGACUCGGCUCAUGCAUCUACGCCAAACCACGGUGGUGGCGCCGGCAUCGGAAUGGAGGAUGCUCUGGUUCUGGCGGAGGUCCUGGCUGUGUUGUCGAGAAGAUCCAGCUUCGAUGACUUUGUUAUUUCGGAGGCACUCGCGGUGUACAGCGAGGUGCGCUAUGAGCGAUCACAGUGGCUGGUUCAGAGCAGUAGACGCACUGCGGAGCUUUUCACCUGGAAGGAUCGUGAAUAUCGGACGGAUGUGGAAGAAGUUGGUCAGGAUAUCAUCGCCCGAAGUCACAAGCUGUGGGAUUAUGAUAUCGAUGCUAUGGUCACAGAUACGUUGCAGAUGCUCGAGAAACGUCUGGUUUAA